UUCAGAAAAGCGUGCGGUCGGAAAUCUUUUGCAUUGCUCUUCCGACUCUAGUGACUCAUGUUGAACACGCGUCGGCAGCUCCGUUCGUUUGACCGCAAACCUCGCGAGAGUAACAGCGGUGCCGUCUGCGCAGCUCUACUGCGCAGCCUACCCCAGCACACCCGACAGCCCGUAAACAUUUUUAACGGACAAGUUUCUUCAUUAUUAAUCUAUAUUCGCCAAAGAAUGCCUCCGAAGAAUAAAGGCGGCAAAGGUGGCAAAGGAGCUGCUGCUUCCGGGGCUGCUGAGGCGGACAAGAAGGAAAAAGCGCCGAAAGGCGGCACGUCGGUGAAGGUGCGCCACAUCCUCUGCGAGAAACAUGGAAAAUGCAUGGAGGCCAUGGAGAAGUUGAAGGCUGGAGUUCGGUUCAGUGAAGUGGCCACACAGUACAGCGAAGACAAAGCAAGACAAGGGGGUGACCUUGGCUGGAUGACACGAGGGUCAAUGGUGGGGCCUUUCCAGGACGCUGCGUUUGCUCUACCUGUCAGUUCCAUGGACAAACCGGUCUACACAGACCCCCCGGUGAAGACCAAAUUUGGGUAUCACAUCAUUAUGGUGGAGGGAAAAAAGUGACCGAACCAUACAGUGAUUUUUCCAUCACGUCACACGCCGUCUCUACAUUCUGCCCGAGAAAAGCGGAAAGCCCUGUCUGAGGAAUAAUCUUCACCAGAGUGGUGGGUUUGGUGAAAUUAAUGAUCUGAUAUUCAAUUCACUGGAAAUACCCAGCUGAAAAUAAACUCUUUUUCAUGUUUG